UUAAUACGUGUAUAAUUCAUUAUUAUUGUAGCAGUCCUUGUCAGUCUUGUGAGUGUCAUUCAUGACUGAUCGUGUAAGGUCUGCUAUACAAACUGUUACAGUGCAAGAUGCGGUCUUGAGUAAGAUUCCAGGUAUUGAGAACGUACAGGUGCUCAAAAGCUUAAGCUCUGGGACAAUCGCUGCGCUUACUGGCUGAUUCAU